UAUCCCCUGUUAAAGUUUACUGCCACAGCUGUGAUACUUUCCAAAAUCCGUAUCCUUUGUCACUUCCAAGAGGCUUUUUGAAUGGGCAGCGUGAAGCAGUGUGUCGUCUCGCCCUCAGGAUGGGCAGACGUGAGGAGGACAGCAGAGGUGCAGUGAACACCGGGGACCGCUCCAACCUCGGCUGUCCGAAAGACCCUCCCAGGCCGGGCGGGUUGGAGGACGCAGACAUGGAGGCGGCUGGCCGGCCACACAUGGAGGUGAAGAAGCACCAGCACAAACACAACUUGAAACACCGCUAUGAGCUGAUGGAGACGCUGGGGAAGGGCGCCUAUGGCAAAGUGAAGAAGGCGGUGGAGAGAGCCAGCCUGAAGACUGUGGCCAUCAAGUCCAUCCGUAAGGAUCACAUCACAGACGACUUGGACAGAAUUCACAUCCAGAGAGAGAUUGAGAUUACUUCGUCGCUCAAGCACCCGAACAUCAUACGCUUCCACGAGGUGUUCGAGAGCCGGGAUAAAAUUGUCAUCGUGAUGGAGUACGCCAGUAAUGGAGAGCUAUACGAUUACAUCCUGGAGAAGAGGAAACUUACAGAAACAGAAGCCAGAAGCAUCUUCCGGCAAAUCACAUCAGCUGUCCACUACUGCCACAAGAAUGGCGUUGUGCAUCGAGACCUCAAGCUGGAGAACAUUCUUUUGAAUGAAGAUCUGACCGUAAAGCUCGCUGACUUUGGGCUUUCCAGUCAGUACCAUAGAGGCACUCUGCUGCAGACCUACUGUGGAAGUCCACUGUAUGCCUCCCCAGAGAUAGUGACUGGACUGCCCUAUCAGGGACCAGAGGUGGACUGCUGGGCGCUGGGCGUGCUGCUGUAUGCGAUGGUGUACAGCAGUAUGCCCUUCGAUGGAGCAUGUCACUCUGCGCUUACAGAGCAGAUAUGCCGAGGUCGUUACCGAAGACCCAACCCCCCCUCAGACGCCUGUGCUCUUAUCGACUGGUUGUUGACAGUACGCGUGGAUGAGAGGGCCACCAUUGAGGAUGUAGCCAACCACUGGUGGGUGAACUGGGGUUACGAGGAGAGUGUUUGUGACUGCACUUCAGCUGCACACCCGGAUUGCCCCUCCCCCUUGCUGGCUCGCUACAUUGACUGGCAGAAUCGGGUUGUCAACAACAUGACUGCUGACCCAGGGCCCUUUUCUUCUGAGUUCAUCCGCCGUCCGCCCAAUGCACAUUACUUCAGCUUGCCUCUCAGGGCUGAGCGAGGAGGGGGAGGCGCAAGAGUGCGAGGAGGACCAGCCAGUGUAAGAAAGUCUCGCAAGGAGAACGCCAUUCCCCCAAGUUCACAAGGAGCAUGUGGUGGUGCAGUAGCUUCUUCCUCCACCUCCACCGUGGAAAGAAAGAAACCCAAAAGUAUUCUCAAACCACAAAUUAGUUUUGACUCUGUUUUGCACAGCCCGCCAAGAGAAAGUUCCCAGCUAUUUUGUCAAACACAUGCUGAGGUCCUCCUUUCCACCAGCUCGUUCAACCAGCCCUCCUCUAAAAUGCCCAAGAAAGGUAUACUUAAGAACCUAUAUGAAGGAGCCUUAGGUUAUGACUCCUCCAGAGCAGGAGUCAAAGAAGGCGAUGAGGGUGACUUGUUCUCCAACAAGCAGCCUACUUGUGUCCAGGCAGCAGAUGAAAGUCCAACCUUGUAUAUCGAGGCAGUCAGAAGACGAAAGGGCAUUCUCAAACGUAACGGCAAAUUCUCACAAAGCCUGGACCUUCUGGACGGACACCACUUGUUGCCAUCAUCCGACCAAACGACAUUCCCGGAAGCUCUGCAGCAGUUCCUCCAGGGCAAAGCGGGCGCUGAUAGUCUCCAAAGUCGCCCAUCCAGCGUGGUGAGCGAGGACAGUCUUUUCUCCAGCGACUCCUUCGACUUGCUGGACCUAAGCACACAAUCAAAUCAAAGGUUUUUUUCCCAUGACGUGCACCACAGCACAUGUAAAUCAGCAGAGGACCUGAGAGCUGUGGCAGGAGAAAAUGAAGGACAUGAGUCCAAGAGUUGACGCUCCACAACCUGCUGAUUUAAAGUCCAGCUGCACUUUCCUGGUCAAAAUUGGUCGCCCAUCUUUUAGAAGAGUUAACGAACUGCAUUGUGGGUGUUUGUACAAAGUGAUUACUGUACCGUUCGUGUAAAGCACUUUUGAUGAUAGAAUAAAUCACUGGCAUUUUCA